GUUUUAACAAGAAUGGCAUCUUAUUGUUGUCUCUCUUCACCGGUUUCAGGGGCGAACAAGAGGUGGUCAGCGGUGUUGCAGAGAGAAAGGGAUGACGAUUCUUCAAGUUAUGUCUUCCGUCAUUUCACCUUCCUCUCAGGUUCCCCUAUCUCAAAGUCAAAUUCCAUCCAACUCCAUCUACCUAUCGUCAGUUCACCACUGCCAGCAUCCUCGAUUCUUAUCUCCUUGCUCGUUAAGUACGAGAAAUUCCACUUCCCCUAGACGCCGUUCAAUUAUUAGAAGCUAUACAAUCAAUUGCUCCGCUCAUAAUUCUGCUAGCAUUACAAACCAGAGCAGUGAAUUUGUUAAAGAGAAAAGUGUCUCCGUGGUUCUUCUAGCUGGAGGGAAGGGAAAACGAAUGGGUGCAAGCAUGCCAAAGCAGUAUCUUCCACUUUUAGGGCAACCAAUUGCUUUGUAUAGUUUCUACACUUUCUCACGGAUGCCAGAGGUUAAAGAAAUCAUUGUAGUUUGUGAUCCAUCUUACCAGGAUAUUUUUGAAGAUGCUAGACAGAAAGUCAAUGUUGACCUGAAAUUUGCAUUGCCUGGAAAAGAAAGACAAGAUUCUGUGUUCAGUGGACUUCAGGCAAUUGAUUUGAAUUCUGAACUUGUAUGCAUCCAUGAUUCAGCAAGACCUUUGGUAACUUCUAGUGAUGUACAAAAGGUUCUAAAUGAUGGUUUGCAUGUUGGAGCUUCAGUACUUGGUGUUCCUGCUAAAGCAACUAUCAAAGAGGUAAAUAGCGAAUCUUUUGUAGUGAAGACUUUGGACAGAAAAACACUUUGGGAAAUGCAAACUCCACAGGUCAUCAAGCCUGAGUUGUUGAAGAAAGGUUUUGAGCUUGUAAAUAGAGAAGGCCUUGAAGUCACGGAUGAUGUGUCAAUUGUUGAGCAUCUCAAACAUCCUGUGUACAUCACAGAAGGAUCUUAUACUAACAUCAAGGUUACAACUCCCGACGAUCUAUUACUUGCUGAAAGAAUAUUAAAUACCGCCUCAUUUGUGACAGCUUAACAAUUCUACUGUAAAUGUUAUGACAUGACAUGCAUACAACAUAGGAACGUUAUUAAACACAUUUUAAUCCAUGUAUUAAUCAAAACCCUUUUCUCUAUAUAAUCCUACUAGUGUAUGAAUAUUCCUUGUCC